UUUUUUUUAGGUUGGAUGGUCAGGGAAGCCUUCGGUGGAGUCUCCAGUGACCCACAAGGCUUCUCUAAAGACCCUGGCAGUGCCCUGAUUAACCAUGGCUGUGUCUGGAGACCUGAAGGCAAGGACUGCCAUCCCUGGGCUUGUCAUAUAGCAAAGGGCUUCCAUCUCGUAACGGCCCUGCUGAGCCCCCCUCAGGCUGCAGCUCUUGCUGUCAGAUAUGCAUCCAAGAAGACAGGUGGCAGCUCCAAAAACCUUGGUGGAAAGUCACCAGGCAAACGCUUUGGCCUCAAGAAAAUGGAGGGUCACUACGUUCAUGCUGGCAACAUCCUUGCGACUCAGCGCCACUUCCGCUGGCACCCAGGUGCCCAUGUGGGGCUGGGGAAGAAGAAGUAUCUGUAUGCCCUGGAGGACGGGGUCGUCCGCUUCACUAAAGAGGUCUACGUGCCCAACCCUAGCAACUCGGAGGCUGUGGAUCUGGUCACCAGGCUGCCCAAGGGUGCUGUGCUCUACAAGACUUUUGUCCACGUGGUUCCUGCCAAGCCUGAGGGCACCUUCAAGCUGGUAGCUAUGCUUUGAGCUCCUGGUUGAGGCCACUGGACAGAGACUGGAGUCCUGGCAUUAGGAGCAGGUGGUACCAGAAGUAGGAUUGGGGUGAUGACAAGGCCUCCUGAGGAAGAAGUCUGCCUGAUGGUGACUGCAGGAGACUCUUUGAAAUGACUGGCUGGGAAACCCUUUGGGAGAUUGACCUGGGGCCAGAAAUAAAGCUAGCCGGAGUCACGA